AUGUUAGCAUACUCCUACCAAUGUAGAUUACUUUCUACACGACUGAUUGCUAGAAGUAUUGUACCAAUCUGUCGCCCUAUCACUCAGGAUCAUACCUUGAAUUCUAAUAAACUCGGAACUGCACCAGCUGUUCAGAGAACCGGUCUGUUACCAUCAUAUCACUGGACAUUUGAACGUAUUCUAGCUGCAAGCAUGUUGCCAUUAUAUCCUGUCGCACUAUAUAUGGAUACCCCUAUGAUGAAUUUUAUAGUAGUGACUGCUGUUUCCAUGCAUUCCUACUGGGGAUUUGACGGUGUCAUCAAAGACUAUGCAUUUGAACGUCGUUAUGGUCCUGCACUGAUGCCUAUAUUACGCACAUUAUGGAAAGUUAUGGCUGGUUGCGGUUAUGCUGGCCUUUUAUAUUUCAAUUUUAAUGACAUAGGAUUUAUUUCAGCCGUGAAAAAACUAUGGGCUUUGUGA